AUUUUAUCGAAACAAAGUAUAAUCCAGUGCGCGUGUCAAAUUCAGCAUGGGGUUUUCUGUUGUUAUCAGUUUAAGUCGUUUCAGUUGAUUGUUUUUACUGUGCGAUUAUACUUUUUUAACAAUGAGGCCGAAUUACAAUUGCAAAUAGUGAUAGCCACUUUGAAAAAUGGAUAACCCAAACGACAAUGCAGCAUCAGAGCCAAGUUUGGAAGACAAAUCUUCAGCACCAGGAGAGGACGAAAAGAAAAACGAGAGUACCUCUAAUACCUUAGAAAAUAUUAAUCUUACUACUCACGAGGAAGAUGAUCCCGAGACUGAUGACGACGAUCCUCUAAAAGAAGGGGAAACAGCUCCGUUGCUAGCACCAAACGAAGAUUCCAAGGAGAGUAAACCAGAUACUCCAGCUAGCAAACCAUUAGCGCUUAACUUAGAUAAUCCAGGAAAUCAGCAAAUUGGUACUGAGCUUGUGACUAAAUCUGAUAAUACAAUGAGCAAACCAUCAAAUGAUAAUCCAUUUAAUAAGCCACUUAUUGAUGAUCCAGCAAUCAAACCACCAACGGAUAAUCCACUUAACAAGCCACUUAAUGGGGAUCCAGCUAGCAAAUCAUUAAAUGAUAAUCCACUUAACAAGCCAUUUAUUGGUGAUCCACCUAGCAAAUCACCAACAGCGCCCAACUUAGAAAAUCCAGGAAAUCAGCAAAAUGGUACUGGAUUUGUGAGUAAACUAAAAAGCGUGGCUGAAAAUUUUUUAUCCAGCAGUGACAGUAGCCGACCGACUGAAUAUGAUCCAGAAUCUCUAGACAAUGAAGAGUCGACUCCAUUGUUAUCGGGAAUUCCAUUAAAUAGACGGUUCCUGGAUAGACUAUGGUUGGUGCUUUUUAUAAUCCUCAUAGUACUAGCUGUUUCCAUUGGUGCAUUUUUGUUAAUCUGGUUGGGCCAAACACAAUCUGAAAGUGGUUUUUUUAAUUAUAUUCUUAAAAACCAAUGGAUUACCCUUGAAGCCGGAUAUGAAUCUCCAAAUCACAUGAGAAAAUUGAAACUUCCUGCCCGUAGCGUCUUUCUGAUCGAGCUUAAUUCUAUGGACAAAACAGUCUGCCGUGAAGCGGAAUCUUAUGAAAAUUGCGUGGAGCUUCUUCGCAAGAACCAGAUGAAAUAUGGGCACGAACCGGACAUCUUGUAUAAUUUUAUCGUGGACCAAGACGGAUCGAUCUACGAAGGACGAAGCUGGGAGCGGUGUUCUUGUAAAGGAAGUUUUACGGACGAAGAUAUAACAAUUGCCUUUUUAAUUGACCAUAAUUUCAUCAUAGAGGCCGUUCCAAGAUACGUGUUCAACUUUCUGAAUCAAGCCACAGUUGACCAGAAACUGGAUCCUUGUUAUAAAACUUUUGUAUACAACGGAACUAUCCUCUAUGUAGUUUCAGAUUACAUUAAAUCUCACCGAAACAUUUGUUAGACAAAUUAUUCCCAAACUAUAAACAUGAUUAGUCAAUGUAAACCAAAAAUAAUUAGUGUUAUUUGUUUUGUUGCUAUAUAAUAUUUACAUUGUUUAUUUUAUAAGGACUGCUUUUGCUUUGUUUCGUUGAUAUUUUAUAGUAAUUAAGUGUAGGUACUUAUUUAUUCUGUUAUUUAAAAACACAGAAGGCAUAGCUAGUUUCGUUCGACAACUUAAUUGCGAAUAAUGGUCACCUAAAGGCACGUAUCCACUAUGUUGGCGCUCCGCGCUUCUGUAACUUAGUGGUCCACAUAGUGGACACGUUGGAGGUCCCGGAUCGUGCAAAAGUGCGCGCUCCGCCUCGGCGCUCCAAUCGGUGGCAGUUUAUAUGUAGAGAAGCCAACGAAUUGUCAAUACGGAUGGAAUAGGCAUGAAGAAAAUUAAUGCGGCCAACAUACAAGAGAGAGGUCCUAGAGAGAGACAGAGAAUAGGCAGGAAAAUUUGACAGGCCGUGUAAUUUGAGUUGCGUAUAUCAACUUAAAUCGUGGAAAUGGACCUCAUAUUUAUAAUUCUUAUACAAUUCUAAAUAUAAAAGUAACAUAAAAACAUAAUCAAGGACUUCUUCACUUUAUAUAAAACAGUCACUAAUUUAGUACCUAUUUAAAUAGUUUUAAAAUGAUUUAACUCCCAAAUACUUUAGGAAUUAUUUGUUUUGAUAAAUACAAAUACUUUGAAUACAAUACUGAAAAGUAUUUAAACACCAAGUAUGGUACUCUGUACUCUAUUUACCCUGUAAAUACAAAAAAGUAUUUAAAUUUUGAAAUAAGUACUGCUAAUCAGCCUUCAAGUUAAAAUAUGAGGUCCAUUCAACGAACUGUUACUGAUUCAAUCGGGUCCAUUUAUAUAGGCAACUCAAAUUACACGGCCUGUGAAAUUUUCCUGCCCAUUCUCUGUCUCUCUCUCUAGGACCUUUCUCUUGUAUGUUGGCGGCAAUCUCGCUUCACUAUUUGAAUGGAACGGGGCCAUUCCAUCCGUAUUGACAGUUCGUUGAGAGGAGCACAUUUCUGAUAGAUUGCAGCAGUUGCAGGGAGCGCAGAGAGCCAACCUAGUGGAUACGUGCCUUAAGUAUAAAACUAUAACGUCAGAUGUUGUGUUUACAAAUAUUUCUGACCCAACUGGUAAAAGUUUGCCCGAAACAUAUUUUCUUAGAUACAAAACAAUUUUUCUAGUCGGAAUUUGAAUCAAUAAAUUUAAUAAAUUGGUUCAUAUUCGUUCUUAACUUUAUGUUGCUACUGCUAAAAUUUUUAUUAGUAAGAAUAUUUUUUUUGUACAUUUUUAUUUUAAUUUAUUUUCUGGCCUUCAACUUUCUAGCUAAUAUUCUUUAUUAUACGUUGUUUUCCCAUUUUCGUACCCCAAACUUUUGAACAUUGAUUGAGUUUUGUGUCUAAAAGAUUGAAACGCGUUGGGUAUUAAGGGUAUUAAGUUUGCAAAAAAUUUACUGUGCUUAAAAUAUUUAUCUCUUAAGGCACGUAUCCACUUUGUUAGCUAACCUCUUGCGCUCCGCGCUUCCUGCACUGCUCCAUUGGAUACAUCAUGCACUCUUCUACAGAUAAACCACCACCAAUUGGAGCUCUGAGUGAUGAAGCAGUUGGGGGAGCGCGGAGUGCAAGAGGAGCGCGAACAUAGUGGAUACAUGGCUUUAUAUUUAAAAAUCCAUUCGCUGAAUUUUUUUAUAGAUAAUCAAAGACUUCCUAUACAUUUUGUUUUAAUCUUCGUUUACUUACAGUAAGCAGAACAGUUUGUUCAACACGUUAAGUGUCAUAUGGUCUCUAUAUAACAUGGUCUCCCGCACUUUUAUGGGAUCAUAGAGCCUCAUAAAGCCACUAUUUAUGGCAAAAAAGUCAAUUACCCAAUUUAAAAAGUUUAGAGACAAAACCGUGUAAACGAUGAAAAAUAGGGUCAAUAAUUUUUCGUUUUAUUUUAACCCUUAACGACUAACUUAAAUGUUUCAGGACGUAGACUCUGACGUACAGUAUGUCAUACCAUUGCCUGUUCUCCUUUAUUUUCAAUAUGAAUUUAUUUUAUUUCACUGUUUUUAUUUUUUACUUAAACUACGGAAUGAUUUUUCACACUGCUGUAAAAUAAAAUAGUGCUCCAAAUAAAAUAAACUUUAUUUUUCCGAGAAAAAUACGAAGGCAUGCAUAAUAUUAAAAAUAUUGGUUGUUACAAAAUCCUUUAUAAACUGAAUUUCAAAAAAACUCAAGUAUUGGUAACAAAAAAUAGUAAAAUAGUGUUGAUAGCAGUUCUACAGAACAACUGGAAAAAUUUGCUGCCAUGCGAAUAGCGAAAUAAUACUCUGGACUGGAUAUUACCAUAAGGUUUGUUCCAACUCGAUACAAAACCGUUCUUGAACGGUUACGAGUAUGCGCAAUGACGAAAAAUGUGUUACUGCGCAUAAUUAUUCGUUAUUGCGCAUGCGCGUAACAAUUCAAGAACGGUUUUGUAUCGAGUUGGAACAAACCUAUUGUAACGUAAACACUGACAUGCGCAUGCGGUAGGUGAUACUACAAGAAAACGUUACGUCAAUGUAGCACAAACUCUAAACCAUACUAAAACUGCAGCGGUUGAGCGCAGGUACAAUUGCACACCACUUGAAGGUACAUACACAGAUGGUGUUCUAGGAAUCCUUUAUAAAACAACGAUAAAACACAUUUUACAACAAAAUAUAUUUUCGGUGCGGUAUGGCAUACCGCAUGUUAGCGGUUAAGGGUUAAAGAUACUUGCACUAGUCGUUUUAAGAUUAAAGCUUAAAUGUGAAUUAGUGUUACCGAUCUGCUGAAAUGGUUUUUCUCCCUCUUCUUAACUGGAUAUUAAGUAAAAAUGGUGAUGAAAACUACUCUUUAGUCAUUUGUUUUAAGAGCCACCAUUAUUUAUAAAACUCCGUUUUAGUAAUUUUUUUUCAUAUCCAAUUUUAGUUUUAAAUGAUUGACAAAAUUAAAUGGGAUAGCUGAAAUUCUAUCGUGAGAUUCUAUUGUACAAGCACAUUAUACUUAAUUCUACUUUACAGUUUUUUCUCUCCUCUUCUUCUUGUAUUUCGUUAAUUAUCUACUUUAGUUUCUUAUUUUCUGACAAGUUAAACUAGUGUUUUUUUUUCACUUGUAGGCAGAGUUCCAUAUUCCUUGUCGUGGGCAACGUAUUUUUAGGCACGGUAUUAUUUGGCCAUUAUUUGAGAAAGUUUGUCUUAAAUCUUAUAUUUUUUAUUUUAACCCCUCUCUUGAUACCCCGAGCCUGUUUUUAUGACUAAAAAUAGUUGUACUUUUUAUUAAAAAAUUUAAUGGGUUCUUUCUAUUGUAGAGUUAAGUGCCAUAAAUUAAAUUAAAGUAAUGGUACAAAUUAUUGACAGAGUAUCAAAUAUGGCUGAAUGACGUCGUUGAUCGAUUCAUUUCCCUGUGAUCUGUUAGGUUAUAAUAUAGUAAUAAAAAUAGUUAUUUUAGAGACUUAGUUUAAGUGCAUUUACAAAAUCAACAAAUCAACCAACUUUAUUUAUGUAUUAAUAAACUUUUUUAUGUAUUAAUAGUAAUAGAAAUUUUAAAAAAUAUUCAAAAAUAGGUGACAUUCUAAAAAGAAAAAGAAACGUUA